CUCCAAACUAAGUGCAAACGGUGAAGACUAGUAUACUUGCUGAAACUUCGGAGGUGAUUUAGAUCCUCUACAACUUUCCCUAUAUGGUAAUUAAGGUAAGUAUGUAUGUAGCAUAGGGAGAAGUUGGGCAACACUUGCUUCUCGUUCAGCGGCCGUUCUAGAUCAGUAACGGUUCUCGUCCAUUAGCUCUUCUCUUCCUGAAUCAAUUUUCAUCUUGCAAAAACCACCACCAUCAUGGCUACUGUGAUAAGGUGCAUUUUGGCGUUGCUUGCCUUGCCGCUAGCAGAGUGUAAGAUUACACGACGAUACAACUUCACAAUCUCGAACGUAUGGAACACCGGAGACGGUCAUGGGCGACCUGUUUUUGCCAUCAACGGUCAGACUCCAGGUCCAGUUAUCGAGGCCGACGAAGGCGAUGAGUUUGAGAUCUUUCUGGAUAAUCAGCUCACGUUCGAGACGACUAUGCACUGGCAUGGAAUUUACCAAAUUGAUCGGCCUUGGAAUGACGGUGUACCUGGAGUGACUCAGUACGCGGUCCAAUCCAGAGAUAAUUAUACCUACCGUUUCACCGUCCAGCAGCAAUAUGGCAGCUACUUCUACCAUGGGCAUUUCGGUCCUUCCUUUGCAGAUGGCAUGCGAGGCCCGAUCUGGAUCAGACCUGCGGAGUGGCGGCCACGCCCUUACAGCUUGAUUUCCUCGCUGCCCGCCGAUAUUGAGGGAAUGCGAGCUGCUGAAAAGCAGCCUCAUCAUAUAAUCAUCAGUGACCGGAAUGCAGAGCCAAUGGACAUUGUCAUGUACCGAGAUGCCGGCAUUGUUCCCUGGUGCAGCAACUCCCUAGUUUUGAACAGCAAAAGCCGAACAUACUGCCACUCGAAGGAAGUCCUCGAGUCGGUCGGUGGGCCGGGCCGAAACUCGCUGGGAUGUCUGAUGCAGCCUCGACAGCUGGAAUUCUCGAAUGAGCUGGUGUGCGAGGAAACACACACGCCUUUGGAGGUUGUCCAAGCUGCAGACGGACAGGAAUGGGUCUGGAUUAAUUUCAUCCACUCUGGCGCACAUCAUGAGAUUCAAAUCAGCGUCGACGAGCACGAGUUCUACGUCGUUGCCGCUGACGGUGAGUUUGUCCAUCCCCAGAAGGUGCACGCUGCAAACUGCAACCUUGGCGAGCGCAUCAGCAUCCUGGUCCACCUUAACAAGAAGCCUGGCGACUAUGCCAUCCGACUUACCUCGCUUCGCCGGGAGCAAAUCAUCCAAGGCCUGGAGCCUUGGGUCUUCCUCAACGGAACUCUCGUCUCCCCCUCCCUAUCCGCCAUGGACGAAACAAAGCUCGCCCCCUUCCCCGCGCGCCCUCCGCCCCAAACUAGUGACACAACGCUCAAAUUCUUUGUCGAGAUGCUAGGCGCCUCUACCUGGGCUCUCAACAUCGGCCCACACCAAGCCUUCCGCCAACAAUUGCCGCCCGUCCUGUGGGAAGAGAAGUCUCGCGGCGACACGACGUACGCCGAGGGCUCAUUGAAGAACGGGUCUGUCGUCGAUAUCGUUAUCGAGAACGGCGCCAACGUGACCUCGCAACACCCGUUCCACAAGCACAACCACAAGGCCUUCAUCAUCGGGAGGGGCACGGGUGGGUUUCCCUAUGACACCGUUGAGCAGGCCCUCAAGGAGGGUGACCUGGCGGACAACUUUAAUUUUGUGGAUCCGCCGAAUCGCGAUGGGUGUCGGCUGGGUAACUCCACAGGCGAUUGGACCGUGAUUCGGUACGAGAUUUCCUUCCCGGCAGCUAGUAUGCUGCAUUGCCAUAUGAUCCACCAUUUCGGAGCGGGCCAACAAGUUGUCAUAUUGGAGGGCGUUGAGUCGAUGGCACCAAUCCCUGAAGAACUCAAGGACAAAGUCCAUGCUGACUUUGAGCCGCUGCUCAGAUAUGGUCCACUGGAUUAAGUCUUGGUGAUAGCUCUCAGUCUGGGGCCCAGCCGAAGUAAAAGGGGAGUGAUGAAAGAAAAAUCACGUGUAUGGGGAGUUUAAUGAGCUCGGAUUCUCAACUUCAUUCCUAGCAAAAUCGCAAGUCUUGACUGAUUGACACAAACACUUGAUGAGCGAAAGAAACAUAUUUGUAUGAGGUAAAUCUUAUCUAGUUACAGCGAGACAAGGGGAAGCCUAUGUAUCUCGUGGGGACAGGGUCAUGUCGAUGGUUGUGUAGGGGAUUCCUAGUCAUAAGUCAAUACCAUGUCCCACAUUAUGUUUGUUCAACAAUUAUGUUUUUCCCAUGGAC